AUGGAGAAAAGUGCAAACAGGUUGUUUGCUAUGCUCAAAACUGCGGAAGCUGGAAUGCAGAGGAACGAGACAGUAUUGAUGGUCAACAAAACCACCAGUUUCAAGAAGAAGGGCAAGCCCAAGAAGAAGAAAACUAUUGAAGCCGGUAAGACCGAGUUUCAAAAGAAGAACAAGGGCGGAGCCUCUAAAGAGACUGAAUGUUUCUACCGCAAGCAGAAGGGACACAGGAAGCGCAACUGUGAGAAGUAUUUGGCAGAUAAGAAGAACGGUUCUUCCGGUAAAGGGAUUACAGAAAGCUCACAAGGAGAGAAGAAAUGA